AUGGCUAAAUACCGCUCCGUUCUAGCACAGCAUGACCAGUCUGGACUCUCUUCUUGUGCGCCUCCAGCCAACCGACACCUGACUGAGCCUGCCCCCCUUCCGGACCACUCCCCGUACCGGUACCCAAGGUAUCCGUCUGAUAUCUUGCGUGCCUUGAAGCCCAACAAAGUGACAGACCCUCGCCACCCCAUCGCGCAGCUAACCCAAGCGACGGAAAGGCCCGACAGCCAGGCCAUCCGCGUUCACGCAUCCUUCUCAUUACAGGUCCCGUCGUCCUCUUCAAGCCUCGACAAUAUGGAUAAGCCACCGCCGCGACCUCUCCUUCCAGCGCCCCCACCGUCCAAAGCACGCGCCGGCUUGAAGACGCCACCCACCGGUACCCCUCUGCCACCGAGACGAUCGGCCUCCAUAGCCGCCUGCGAGCUUUGCCGGGAGAAGAAAGCAAAGUGCGACGGCCGACGGCCGACCUGUGGACGGUGCUUAAGCAACGGCGUCCAGUGCACCUAUACCACCAAGGUCAAUGAGACGCUGACCCAGGCUGAUAAAAGAGAGAAGGCGCGAUACAAGAAAGAGCGGGACGACCUGUUACAUCUUCUUACUUCGAUCCGUGACAAGCCCCAACGCGAAGCCGAAAACAUCUUUGCCCGCCUUCGCGUUUUCAACGACCCAUUCGAGGUGUGUCAGUCUUUGAGGGAUGCCGAGCUGCUGCCUUUUGUUUCUUCUAGCCCGGCCAAGCUCCCCUCUCCGUCUGACGCGAAUGAAAUCAUAGACAUACACGUCCCAGCUCGACCGUGGACAACGCUGGUCAACGAUGCUGUUGUUUCGAGGUUGGUGUCGCGCUUCUUCUCGCCUGGCUCCCAGCUGUUCCCGGCUAUUGACAGAGAUGUCUUCGUCUCCGACAUGCAAGCCAAGAAUCUGACAACGUCCAAGUUGUGUUCACCUCUUCUUGCCAAUGCUGUCUGCGCCAUGCCUUGUUUUGAGUUGACCUCGAGCUCCGGUCUUGUCGAGCUCUUCCUGAGCCAAGCGAAAUCAAUCCUCGAGCGAGAACAUGGCCGACCCUCUCUGCCUACGGUUCUCGCUUUAUACCUUUUAUACCUGAUAUCAACCUUGCUGGGCAGGGACCGUGCCGGCUUACACUUUCGGCGGACGAGCCUUGACAUGUUGGAAUACCUGGAUUUGGAGUCAAGAAUAAAACAUUUGCGCGACGAUGUUCCAGAUCAGGCUCUCGAACGGCGUGUGUUGUCGAAAGCUCUAUGGGGGAUUUUCGUGGCGGAGAGGUAA